CCAGCUGUACGGAGCUCCAUCUACUCCUGUCCCUGCAACAAGAUGACAACUUGCUUGUCCCCAUUCGGUGCUCUUGUUCUGCUUGCAGUGUCCGCUGUUGUUGAAGGUGGUGGGUCGUACGGACAAUUUUGUUCCGACAAACACGCCUGUGAGAACGGAGGAACAUGUGACCCCACCGGCAACAGCGACAGCGGCAGGUGCACUUGCCCAACAAAUUACACUGGUGACAGGUGUCAAAAAGAGUGCUCCACGGGUGCAGACUGCAUGAAUGGGGCCACAUGUCGAAGAGAGGCCUGUAUUUGCGCACCAGGGUACACAGGAGGAAAGUGUGCCUGCAACACCAACGCCGACUGUAAGAACAAAGGCACGUGCGAAGCCCGGGGCUGCAAAUGUACGGCGGGUUACACUGGGGGAAAGUGUGAGAGUGUUUUGUCCGGAGCAGAUCACGUGAUCACUUUUCCUGCGACGGUACUGAUGUGUGUCGUUGUGCAGCUUACCAUGAAGGCGUAGAGACCUACAGUCAGCCUACAAUCAGCCAAAAUCAGCCUACAUAUCAGCCUACCAAUCACCCUACAUAUCAGCCUACAUAUAGGCCAACCAAUGAGUCUGCACAUCAGCCUACAUAUCAGCUUACAAAUGUUUUUUAUAUUUUCGUUUGAUUGCAUCUUGUUCCUUGAAGGGUCACAUGAACUUUGGUGAAAGUAUAAUUCAUCACCAGUUAAACCAUUUCUGCUGACUGCCUUAAUCCCAAGAUGGAAACUGUAAGACACAGGUGAAAGAAAUUCAAUUAUGUUGCUUUUCUUUGAAGUUAGGCAUGUUUGGAAAAGGAGUAUCGUCUACUAACGAUCUGUACGCAAGUUUCUCCAUGAAGGAUACAGUAUACAGAACACUAUUAUCAUAAUAACCCUUUAUUUGCUAAUGUUAAUAUUUACAAUAUUUAAAAUAUUAUAUAUUAUAUUUCAUAUUAUAUAUUUUUGGUGUGUUGUCGUUUUUGUAUUUCUUCGUUCAAAUUACAGCUGGAUCAUCUGUUUGGGCCUGUGACCUUAAAGCUCUGAAUAAAUGUCUCUCCAGACCAAUGCAUCACCACUAACCUGGCUGUUCAAAUUUCUGUCUGUAUUACAGUAAUUUAGAUGUUUUGAUGGUAUUAGAUGUCACUAGUCUGGUGUGUCGUUUGUUCAUCAGUAAAACCCUCAUGACUUGGUAUGUUUGUCACGUGUCAAACGUCACGAGCACGGAACAUCUGCAUGGUGUAUGUUUCAAAACACAUGCAUUGUCUCUAUGUUUAACAAGCAUGCACAGUGUAAAGACAUGCCUUCACAACGUAGAGAUAUGCAUUCACAGGUUAAAUAGAUGCAUUCACAUUUUAAAUACAGGCAUUCACAGCUUAAAGACAUGCAUUCACAAUUUAGUGAUAUGCAUUCACAAUUAAGUGAUAUGCAUUCACAAAGUAAAGACAUGCAUUCACAGAG